GGUUACUGCAUGAUAAUAAUGUAUCAGCAAUAAUGUUUAUUAGAAAAAUGUAUGAUAUAAGAAUGGCAAUAAUGUAGGAGUAAUGAUGUUUAUUGGAAAACUGUGUCAUUGGGGUGAGUCACUAUCCAAAAUCAGGGGUGAGAUAGUAUAAAUCUGGCUGAAAUGCAUGAAAAUUGCAAUACAUGUGUCCUUACAGUACCAAUGAAGUUGCUCUAAAGCAGAGAACAGACUUUAUUGGGUGUGAUCUGCACCACACACUCAUCCAUCACAUAGCAUCAUAGCUUUUCAAUAAUUUAACAGCACGUUCCUGGAAAUCUGUGAUAUGAAUCUCAACCACACACAGCAUCUACCCUAUCAGUUCUUACAUUGAACUGAAGCAAUCAACCACACACGUCAUGCUACCUUAUCAUCUUUAUUAACCACCAUUUCCACACCCACUGAACUCACUCACUGGAACCCUAGUUGUAAGUAAGAGAAAGGCUUCUUGCACUCAGCACGGACUUCAUACCUCUGAUUCUUUGUAUAGAACUCCACAGAAUAUGGAGACUGUUCUUUCCAACCACUCCCCACCUUUGGAAUUCAAGGGUUUGAGCAAUGAGGAGGAAGAGUCACUUCUAGGGCAAGUUGAAAUAUGGAGGUACAUGACAAGCUUCACUGAUUCCAUGGCCCUAAAAUCUGUGGUAGAGCUUCGCAUAGCAGAUAUAAUAGACAGCUAUGGCAAACCACUAUCCUUGUCUCAAAUUGUGGAGAACAUUGAGAAUGCACCUUCCCCAGAUGUGAGUCUUCUGGAGAGAGUGAUGAGAGUGAUGGUGCGCAGAAAGAUCUUCAGUGCAGAGAAAUCAGAGACUGGAGAGACCCUUUACGGCUUGACGCGUGCUUCCAAAUGGAUCCUAUGAGACACAAAAAUCACCUUAGCACCAUUCUUGCUGUUGGAGAACCACCCAAUUCACCUCAACCCUGCUCACUACAUCAGUGAGAUUGUGAGAGAAGGCACCAAAAACGGCACUGCUUUCUUCAGGUGCCAUGGGCAUGAACAAUUUGAGAUGACGGGGUUGGACUCCGAGUACAACAGGUUGUUCAAUGAGGGGAUGGUGUGCACCACUAAGUUCAUCACCAAGGCUGUCAUCAAUGGCUACAGAGAUGGGUUUAACAAGAUUGAGUCUUUGGUUGAUGUGGGAGGUGGCAUUGGAGGCUCUCUUUCUGAGAUUGUCAGGGCUUACCCUCACAUCAAAGGCAUCAACUUUGACUUGCCUCAUGUCGUUUCCACUGCACCUAACUUUGAUGGAAUCACUCAUGUUGGAGGUGACAUGUUCGUCUCCAUUCCCUCUGCUGAUGCCAUUUACAUGAAGUGGAUUUUGCAUGACUGGAGCGACGAGCACUGCGUGAAGAUCCUGAAGAACUGCAGGAAAGCAAUACCAGAGAAGACAGGAAAGGUGAUAAUUGUGGAUCAUGUGCUUCGACCCGAAGGGAACGAACCCUUCACUGAUGUUGGCAUUGCAUUUGACAUGAUGCUUCUCGCUCACAACGCUGGUGGCAAAGAGAGGACCGAAGAGAAUUGGAAGUGGCUAUUCAAAGAAACAGGAUUCACUCGUUACAACAUCAUCAAGAUCAAUGCUCUCCCAUCUAUCAUCGAGGCGUAUCCAAUCUGAAGAAGCUACAUCUUCGUAUGUCUCGUGUUAUUGUUGUUGCUGUCAUCAACAGCUUUAUGAUCUUCGUGUUAUAUCAUGUGGCUUUCUCUAUUGUCUACUAAAUAAAAACUAUAAAACGCCACCACGAAAGUAAUGCAGGGUUCAUAUGGGUUAUAUGUAUAUGUUCCUUGAAGCGAGUGGUGCGUGGUUGUCAAGAAUCUGUUGCUCUUUAUUAAGGAAUGAAAUUUCUGGUGUGUACAA